AUGGGUCACCUUGUUACUCUGGCGACAUGUUCGCUCAACCAGUGGGCCCUGGACUUCGAGGGAAAUGCUGAGCGUAUCAUUGAGAGCAUUCGUCAAGCAAAAGCUGCCGGGGCCACUCUACGUGUCGGGCCUGAGCUCGAAAUAACUGGAUAUGGAGUUCUGGAUGGAUUCCAUGAGGGAGAUACCUUCCUGCACUCGUGGGAAAUGCUUGCCCGUAUUAUCGACCACCCUGAUUGCCAGGAUAUUGUGGUUGAUACAGGUGUUAACCUCAUGUCAGGUGGCGUCAUCUUUUACAACCGCAAGAUUAUCCUGAUCCGCCCUAAGAUGUGGCUUGCCAAUGAUGGAAACUACAGAGAAAUGCGCUACUUCACUCCUUGGCAGCGUCCUCAGGAGAUUGAGGAUUACUAUUUGGAGCAGAUAGUGGGCAAAAUCACCGGCCAGUACAAGGUUCCUUUUGGUGAUGCAGUGAUAAGCACAAGAGACACCUGUCUGGGCUUGGAGACAUGCGAAGAACUGUUCACUCCUGAUGGGCCGCACAUUCCCUAUGGCCUUGCAGGUGUGGAAAUCUUUUCAAACUCCUCCGGAAGCCACCACGAACUGAGGAAACUCGAUACGAGAAUCAACUUGAUCACGCAGGCGACCAAAUUGAGCGGAGGAAUCUACCUAUACGCUAACCAACAGGGAUGCGAUGGUGAUAGACUGUACUACGAUGGCUGCGCGAUGAUUGUGGUCAACGGCAAUAUUGUGGCCCAGGGCUCGCAGUUUUCCCUCAAUGACGUAGAAGUCGUCACUGCCACUGUUGAUAUCGAAGAGGUCCGGACGCAUCGCUCUAGCUCUAGCCGGAAUAUGCAGGCUGCUAAACAGUCUCCAUUUGUUCGUCUGGACUUAGACGUGAGACUGUCGAGACAAGAUAGAGAGGCGGAUCCAGGCCUUGCUCCAUCUGACACUAUCUCGCCGCGCUAUCAUGCACCAGAGGAGGAGAUUGCUCUUGGACCCGCCUGUUGGCUCUGGGACUACCUCCGGAGAAGCGGUGCUGCCGGAUACUUCGUCCCGCUAAGUGGCGGUAUCGAUAGCUGUGCUACAGCAGUUAUCGUUCACUCAAUGUGCAGGGAAGUUAUCAAAGCCGUCUCUCAAGGGAAUGAGCAGGUUAUCAAGGAUGUCCGAAGGCUUUGCGCUGAGCCACCAGAUUCGAAGUGGCUGCCUUCUACUAGUCAAGAAGUUUGCAACCGCAUCUUUCACACUAGCUUCAUGGGCACGCAGAACUCUAGUAAGGAGACGCGGCAGCGGGCUAAAGCACUGUCCACCGAUAUUGGGUCCUACCACAUUGACUUCAAUUUCGACACGGUCGUGACCGCUAUCACGAAUCUAUUCACUGUGGUCACCAACUUCCAGCCCAAGUUCAAGGUUCACGGCGGCAGCCGAGCUGAGAACCAAGCACUGCAGAACAUUCAGGCGCGACUGCGAAUGGUUCUUGCGUACUUGUUUGCAUCUUUGUUGCCAACAGUUCGCCAGCGGCCAGGAGGUGGCGGACUGCUGGUCUUAGGCUCUUCAAAUGUGGAUGAAUGUGUCAAGCAUUCCACUGACAUUCAUGACAGCUUGCGUGGCUACUUGACCAAAUAUGAUGCCAGCAGUGCAGAUCUGAACCCCAUCGGGUCGAUCAGUAAGGUCGAUUUGAAGAAAUUCAUCGCAUGGGCCGAGGUCAAUUUCGAUCUUCCCGUGCUGCACGAGUUCUUAGACGCCACUCCGACGGCCGAGCUGGAGCCCAUCACGGCCACGUACGUCCAGUCGGAUGAAGCUGAUAUGGGAGUGACUUAUAAGGAACUCGGCACAUUCGGUUACUUGAGAAAGGUGGCGCGCCUUGGCCCUUGGUCUAUGUACGAACGUCUCCUCCAUCUCUGGGGUAAUGAGUAUAGUCCGAGAGAGAUCUACGAAAAGACUAGACAUUUCUUCUACAAUUACAGCAUCAACAGACACAAGAUGACUGUUCUCACUCCGUCUUACCACGCAGAACAGUACAGUCCCGAAGACAACAGACACGAUCUUCGGCAGUUCUUGUAUCCCCCUUUUACUUGGGCUUAUAGCAAGAUGGAGGAAAGUGUGAAGUAUUGGGAGUCAAAGGGAUGGACUGCGGGAAAGGCGCAGAAGAAGAACGUCAAGGCUGAUUAG